AUGUUUCUUGGGGCUUUUUACGCUUGUAGUACCCUUUGUGACAUUACUGAAGGAAUGUUGCACUUUGAGUCGAUGAGUAAAGUUUUUGGUAUUGCACCCUCCAUGGAUCAUUAUGUGGGUGUUGUGAAAAUGUUGGGAAGUACAGGAUACUUAGAUGAGGCUUUCGAGUUCAUUGAAAAUAUGCCAGUUGAACCAAGUAUUGAUGUUUGGGAAACUUUGAUGAAUCUUUGCAGACUUCAUGGGAACCUGGAAAUUGUGGACCUUUGUGAUAGUAUCGUUGCUCUCUUAGACCCCUCACGGUUAAAUGUCGAAUCGAAGGAAGGUCUUCUGCCAGUGAACCCCUCUGAUUAUGUCAUAGCUGAGAAGAACGAAAAGCAUCCAGGUAAACCUUUAAGAUUAGAAGAUAAGGUUCAACAGUUUCGGGCAGGGGAUACAUCCGAAGCAAAUAGUGAUGAAUUAUAUGCCCUGCAGACGCUGAGUGCACAUAUGAAAGAGUGUGGUUAUAUACCUGAAUUAAGGUUUGCAUUGCAUGAUGUUGAGGAUGAAAAUAAAGCCACAAUACUUCUUUUCCAUAGUGAAAGGUUGCCAUUGGUUUCUCGGCUCUUAAGUAGCCCUGUUCGCAGCCAAAUUCUUAUAUUCAAGGAUCUCAGAACUUGUGGGGAUUGCCAUAACGCAUUUAAGAUUAUCUCAACGAUUGUCGGAAGGGUAAUCAUCUCUCGUGACACCAAGCGGUUUCACUGUUUUGAAAAAGGAAAGUGUUCCUGCGACGACUUUUGGCACUCAAUUUUGCUUGCAUCAUAUAUACCAGCAAUCCAAAACAAUAGACACAUUCUAGUUAGCCUUCUUGUUCCUGUAAGAAGUAAAGCCAUGUCCACCACCACCAGUACUGCACCACCAACAACAACAAUAGUGAAGAAGAAAAGAGCAUACAGAAGAAAUAAGUGCCUUGAUCAUGAUUUAAUCAUGGAGGAAAUACUAACCAAGGUUCCAGUUAAAACACUGCUUCGUUGUGCCACAGUCACUAAAAUCUGGUAUAACUCUAUUCCACAUUUAUGA